AUGGAGAAAGACGGGAGGUUCGUGAAUUAUGAUGAUGAAGACUACUAUCGCAAGAGUCAAGAGUUUGUAAAGGACCCCUCGACAUCGAAUUUCGUCGUCGAAUUUGGAAGGACCAAGGCCAAAAUCGCAUUUGAUCUUGACGUACGUCAAUUCGGAGCUCUAAUAUCAGAAGAGAGACCAGAUAAUAGGCAUGCGAGACCAGCCAGCGAGAAUGCGAGCUCAGACGAUGAGAAUGCGACCCCAGAACAUAAGAAUGAGACACCGAUUCGCAACAUAUGGGGACCCGAUGGCGGAGUAGACCGGGGGAUACGAUACGAUCGACUGAAAAACGAGGGCGUAGCGGAUCUUCUUGGUAAACACUAUGGCUUCUCUGCCAGACUUCGCGCCAUCAUCAAAACACCUCCGAACUUUGACGUUGAGAAAGCUACGACGAAAAAGCCGAAUCGCAUAAAACAGAAGUUACAUAUCGAUAAACUCGGCGAUGAGGAGAAAGGAGAUGUUUCAAGGACAAGUUUGGAUUAUGCUGCUACGAAAGAGCCAGUCAAGGAAUUGCCGAAGCUCAGUCAUUACAGCAUAGUCAAUCAAAUGGUGAAUUAUCAUGCGGUCGACUCUGGAGAUAAAUUUAUCUGUGUUGGAGCAAAUUGGAUGCAUCGUCGGAGAUCCAAGAAAAGUGCGGCGAACAUAUUAGAAGAUGAGGGGAGGCAGCGCCGAUUAUACUCAUGGCUAAUAAUUUGUGACGACAACACUGUUAUUUCGUUCCAUGAGGAUUCUGGCAUGACGAAUUCGGAGGACCUCCUAUCUCUUCGUGCAAAUACCAUUAGUGUUUUGAGCCAGGUCUCAAUAUUAAACCAGGACUCUUUCAACCCUAUAUCUUUACAAACUGUUCGGGCUGCACUAGACCAAGAGAACGAUACUCAUCAUGGCCAUGAGGGAGCUAGUAAUUUGUUCUAUUACUUAUUCGACGAUUGGCAUGCGGCCUAUGAAACUGUUGCGGGGUUCCAAACUACAUUGGGUAAUUUGAGAACAUAUAUUUUGCAAAAUGCAAGCAAAAGAUCCGUCGACACAAUCGAAAUCGAUGUAAUUCCACGUUUGCACGUCCUCGGCAGUCGAAUCCGUGAAAUGGAUCACGUCUACGAAGGCUACAAGAACAUCAUCCAACGAAUUCUAGAACCUCCGAAAAUAGAUAACAGUAGAACACUAUCCGCAAACAGUGAAUCCCAGUGGUCACGAGGAAAGGGUCGACAAGGUCCAGCAAUCGCUACAUCCGCAAUCUCACGAUUCGAACGUCUCGGCGACCGUCUUCAACUCCUCAUCCUCAGCGAAACCAAAGAAUUCAUGGCCGAAAAAGACGCUCUGACAAACACCUACUUCAACAUCAACGCGCAAAAAGACUCCGAAGCCACCGCCUCCCUCACCCGCGCCGCCGGUCUCCUCGCCAAACUCUCCGUCCUCUUCCUCCCCGUCUCCCUCAUGACCUCGUACUUUUCCAUCCAGAUCAAAGACCUGGAAGGCGUGUACACGCGCGAGGAUUACUGGUAUUCGUUCGCUGUCAUCAUGAGUCUUUCGUUCCUGGGCGUCUUCUUUUGUGGGAGACUCCUGAUGUAUAUCUCGGAGAGUUUCGAUAAGUAUGUUAGUAAACGGUUUAAUACGAGGUUAGCGGGUGCGUGGGCGCGGUUGAGGGGGAGGAGUCGCGAGAAGGAAUCGUAG